UACUGACCGAAAUCUGAUCACAAUGGCUAACAAAUUCUAUGGAGAGCGAAAGAAGACACUUGCAGCUCCUUCUAAAUUAAGAAUCAAGAAUUUGCGAAGGGUAACUAGCGUAUUGGUGUGGAGAAGAAGACGAUUUAGAGAAAGAAUUCAGAUGCUCGCAAUGUCUCGUCCUUUCCCAUUCGACACCAACUUUUCGAGAGUGCCGAAACAAAAGGACUUCACCUACUUCGUUUACGGAAAUGAGACAUCUGUCAAUUUCACCGCAGCUGCGCAUCUUAUGAUAAGAUUCGAUUUAGCUAGAAACCAUGAAAUUACGCACGUUGCAACAGCAUCCGGAUCCAUUCGCACAAUAGAGGCCGUUUCCCUAGCUAUUUUGAAUUUGUACAAAGGAGAAAGCCCAGACAACGUGGUUGCUAUGAAAUCCGCUUACUACGAUAUACGCGACGGGAAGUUUUAUUGUGAAGACAAGGCAGAUAUUGCUGAAUUACUCGCUGCUUAUAAACUUGUAUGCAACGAGAUUCCGAAGGACGAUUUUGAUGCAAAUGACCGCGUUCUCAUGGUUGCAGUUUUGAGCGAGCGUGGUAAUGCACUGCGCACUUCCAUUACUGCUGCAAUGAAUUCACGUGAUGAAGACGGAAACAAGGACUACAAUGAGCCUGUUUCCUUUUGAUUAUGAAUGCAAAAUGUGUUUGCCAUGAUAUAUUUGCAUAUUUGCUUUGUUGAGUGUCUUCAAUUAUAGAUGUACACACUGAACGC